UUUGCUUGUUCACCAGUAACAUCUCUGAUGGCAGUAGGUGUUAAUGCUAGUGAAUCGUAAUGAAUUACAAGGAAUAAAAUUUACAUUAGUGUGCAUUUCUUUUCCUUCUCGAUAUUUGCAAAGAAUUUUUGAACUUUUUGAUACGUGUGAAACCAGUACUUUGUGUUUUGAGUGUAAAGGUCUUUAUACGAUUCGUCUUGAAGUUGCAUGACAACCUCGGCCAUAUUUUGGUAGGUCUAAUCAUUUCCACUGUCAAGGACUGGAAAGAAACUUACUGGAACAAAGACUUUUACGUUAGUGUUAAGUGUAGUAUCUAAGCAACGAAACAGGCCUUACUAACGAACAGCGUCAUAUUGAAAAAAAGUAGUCAGAAUGUCAGCAGGUCCGUACAACUACUCCUACAUUUUUAAAUAUAUAAUAAUUGGUGACAUGGGAGUGGGCAAGUCAUGCCUCCUGCACCAGUUCACCGAGAAGAAAUUUAUGGCAGACUGCCCUCACACUAUAGGUGUAGAAUUUGGAACCCGAAUUAUAGAGGUUUCAGGCCAGAAGAUAAAAUUGCAGAUCUGGGACACUGCGGGUCAGGAGCGCUUCAGAGCUGUGACAAGGUCGUAUUACCGGGGUGCAGCUGGUGCUCUGAUGGUGUACGACAUAACUCGGCGAUCUACUUACAACCAUCUUAGCAGCUGGCUGACGGACACUCGCAACUUAACGAAUCCUAGCACUGUAAUAUUUUUGAUUGGAAACAAAUGUGACUUGGAUGCCCAGAGAGAUGUAACAUAUGAAGAAGCAAAGCAAUUUGCAGACGAAAAUGGCUUGAUGUUUGUGGAGGCCAGCGCGAAAACAGGAGAAAAUGUAGAGGAAGCAUUCUUGGAAACUGCCAAAAAAAUUUAUCAAAGUAUACAAGAUGGCAGGUUGGAUCUGAAUGCUGCAGAAUCAGGAGUGCAGCAUAAACCAUCACAGCCUGGCCGAAGCACGCUGGUCAAUGAUCAGCAAGCCAACAAAGACACUUGUGCUUGCUAGGUGUUCGAUCUGUUGGUUAUGUCUCGUGUGAAGGUGCUUUGUCACUGCUCUGUGUAAAUAUCUGCAGUUGACGUGUGGGUCACGAGUGAGUGAUGUAACUUUUUGUGAUACAACUAGUGUUGUAGGAAUUGGCUGUUCGUGCCAAUAUGUGGUCAGGAUUAACGGCUCUAAGCAGAUGCCACAUUCAAUUAUUCCAAUGUGAGUAGGUUUGCACUUUGUGUCUGAGCACCUUGCUUUUUUUUUUCUGUGCAAGAAAAGCGAAGUAUCAUUUGAAGAACUGCAGUUUAAGUGAUUGGUAUCUGAAGUUUUGUUGGUGCAUCGGAUAUUCAUUUUCGAAAAGCAGCUACUGUGUGACACUUCGUUAAAUGUAACAGUUACUUUCUUGGCAUAUACAGAUGUAAGCAUCAAAAUUAUUUAAGCAGUAGCUUCACAUUUCUUUUUAUAUUAUGUGGUUGACACAAAUCAAAACACUCCACUCCAUUUUACUACAGUUUUCAAAGUCUUCAUUUCAUCCAUUUGUUUGGAGUUGGAUAGUUGUCAGCCUUUGAUAUCAAAAGAUUACUACAAGAAUAAUCUGGCUGCUGUAAAUUUAUUCUUCCUAUUUAUGAAUUGUGAUGAAAAAUUAAUUACCAUAAUCUUGCAACUUAGGACCACAAGUAUGUAUGUAUCUGGAGAUAGUAAUAAUAUUCAUUGAUAUUAGAAAUUUAUUUUGUCAUGGAAACCCUUGGUCUUGAUGUCUACUAUUGUGAAUUAAACCCAGCUUAGAAAGUUUUAAAAUAUUACUAAUAUGCUAGAGAAAAACCAGCAAAGUUUGAGUGAAUGUUGUAAUUGAGAUUCAGUUGUGAUAAGAUUUAGAACUUGAGAAUUCCAGGCUACCAAAUAUGUGCAUACAUUGCAUACAGAUAUUAUAUUUGUGUGCUAUUUGACAUUUCCUUAAGUCACUAUGGAUUAAUUUCAUGUGGUCCACUUGCACGUUAAGAAAUUUUCAAUUUCUCUAGUUUAGCAGUAAAGUACAUUGUUAUAUAAAUUGGUGUUAUAGAUUGAAAUAGCAAAAGGAUGGCAUUUGUGUGCUACUUAAUGUAUGUUUGGUAUGGGUGCAGAGUUGGGUGCAGUUUCUGUUACUACUGUUCAGAAAUUAAGUAUGGAUUACUGAAUAAAUUUGUGUGUAAUAUUCAUUGUGUGUAUCAGGAAAAAUGAGAAUAAGUUUAAGAGCUAAAUUACACUUCAUUUGAAACAUAUGAAUGCAUUCAGUCUUCUCUUCCAUAUUUUAAUGUAUUAAUAAUUAUUAUAUAUUUAGCUACCAUGACAUGUGCCUUGUUCCCAGAAUUUCUGUGCUGUUGAAAUGUUGAUUGAGAGAAGGCUGAUUGAAUUAUCAUGCUGCUUGAACAUACCUAACAGAAACUUGGUGUGUUGUAGCGAGCAAUAAAGUUGGAAAACUAAUGUCUUCUUUACUUAAAAAGAAACAUUAUUUCUUUAGAAAACCUUACAUAUUGGUAUACACAUAAAAUUGUAGUUUUGUUACGGAUACCAAUGUUAAAUCUACAGUUCUUAAUCUUUGAAUGAUGUUUUCAUUGCUACACCAGUCUGUGCUCAUAACUUACUUUAAAAUUUAGUUCAGUGCCUAUUUUGCUUAAUUGCUGCAUUUAGGUUGUUUGUGCUUUGCAGUUUCCUAUUUCUCUCCUGUUCCUUAUACAUACUGCUCUGAAGAAUACUACUAUUCUGCAUUUUCAUUGGUUUUCUUCACUCACAGCAAAAUAGAAGAAUGGCAGUUGGUUGUGACACUUGUUUAGUGCCCAAACAUAUGUGGACUUGGCUCUUAAUUUAUUGGAAAAUACCAAGUGUUUCUGACUUUUUUCUCUGUAAUGUAUUUAUAAACCUGCCUUCAGUAUAAAGUGAUCUGAUAUUCAGAAUUUCCUCAGCAUUUGAAUUGUUAAGCUUUAGAAGCAGUUAUAAAGAAAGCUUACUGUAGUACAGCUGAUAAGGCUGAACUGAAAGGUGAUAAUGUGACUAGUAUAGAUUUAAAAUAUUUAAUUAGAAUAUGCUAAAAAUUUCUGUUUGUGCAGUAAAAAUUUUAAUCUUCCUUAGACAGAAGUGAAAUACACAAUGUCAGUUGUAUGCAGAACUGAGAGUGCUAAAAAGGUUCAGUUUUGUAAAGAAAGUAAUUUCUUUCAGUGUUGCACUUUCUUUGCUGUAUUACAAUGUCCAUACACCUAACAGGACAAAAGUCCUGAUCCAUUUGGAAAUAUGCAUAUAGGGUUAGAGAUGAAAUUUAAAAAUGCAUUGGACAGAUUUUGUCAAGUCAGCCUGCAUUAUGAUGGAAAUUUCACUCCUGUCCACCAACAAUUCUCCAGGAAUUUAAUUUGCUACUGUUGAAUAAACUGGUGAAUUAUACUCAUUUCUUAUAUUACUGUGUAGCCAGUAGCAGAAAUGGAAAAUGGUGACUAUUUUAAAUGUUAUGCAGUGAGGUGUUUCUGGGUGAAAAUGAUUAACGAAUAUGUGGUAUGGAUUCACUUCCGUAUGAACAGCCUUGAUAUCUAUGACACUAAGUUUGAUUGCAGUCAUUGGGAAAACAAUUUAACAAGAAUCUUAUUUGUUAGAUCAUUGUCUGUUGUUACCUGUGAAAAUUUAUUGUUGAACAAAUCGUGGAAAGGAAACAAAUAAUGACAUGUGAACUGGGACACUGCAUGUAACUGACCUUGUGUUGAAAAGCAGUGAGAGUCAGACUUUUCAUGCUGUUGGCUGAGAGAGGUCUUCCUCUUACAUAUAUGAAUUAGCUGUAACAGCUUGUGCCCAGUGAUAUUUUUGGAAAGCCCAUUAACACUUCAGAUAAUUAAGGAGGGCUGUGCAUCAUUGAUUACCUCAGUGAACUGUUGUCUGAAAGGUUUUUCUCUAACUUCUACAUGUCAGUAUUUUUAUUCUUUUGCUGUGAUUGUUUCUGCUUAAAGACUGUGAUUUUACUAAUUUAUAUUUGUUGUUAUGUUUAAAGUUUACAGAAGACCAUUUUAAUAUUCUGUCUUAGGGAGAAGUAUAAUAUUUUUUUUAAUGUUUAUUGCGGCAUGCAGCUACAUCGCUUUAAUAUGUGGUCCUCGUUAUAAUGAGAACUUGAAAGUGUAUUUCAUUUAUGUGCUGCUGAUGUUUGCUCUGCCUGUUCAUUACAUAUGUGCUGGCAACUGUUUGUUCCCACCCUGCCCUUGCAACUGUAUCACUAAAUAAAACAUUCCAACAGUUAA